UGGAAGUUUUGUUACUGCCUGUUAUCUUCAAGUGGCAGUGAUAAUAACAAGAUCUUGUAAACUUGAGGGCUAGUACGCAGCAGAGAAAGUUUCUCACCCACAAAUAGCAAGAGGAUAAGUGCCUUUGUUUUCCGAACAUAUUGUUUGAGUUUGUCUUGUACUUCAGUGCUUUAUAACAAACAUAUGGCCUCUCAGAGAACUCUUCUUUGUAUUAUAGGGGGUCUCACUCACAUUUUAUCUUGGAUAGAAUCACUGAGAUUCAGUUUAUGGUCCUAUAAACUGCAACCUUAAUUGCUCAGAGGCACCAUAUAAGACUGAGAGAGACUCCGAGGACACCAUGUACUUAAAAGGAUAGGAAAACUAAGCUAUUGGCAUGCUGUGGUUUCUGUCCAAGAAAUAUUUUCAGGUCCUACUUAAAUAAGAAUACCAAACACUUUGUUUCUGACUGUGCAUCUAGAUUUCUAGUCUCAAAAUUAAGAACAUGAAGUGGCCAUCAAGAAAAGGAGAUAUAGUGUGGCAUCUCAAAUUUUUUCAAGAAAUUUGGAAAAACGUACAUGUUUGGCUCCAGGAGAUGCCUAAGCAGGUAGCUUUCUUCUCUGGACAUAUCGCGCAAGUUGUUCAUGAUACAUGCAUUAUGAUAAAAUUACUGAUUUUCAAUAUCUUAUCAAAGUCUGUAUUCCCUGAGAUUAGCAUGAUUAAACUAUAAUUUAAGACCUUACUGCAUGCUUACUGUAUUUUCAGUAUUCUAUUAAUUUUGCUCCAUUCCUUAGGCCCUAUAUGUUGAAUUGGGAACAGAAUUACCUUUUUUCUUCAGUGUACCAAGUACUCUUUAUGAAAUCACUUGUAUUUAAAACUUCCAGUGCAGAGAUUCUGAGCACUAUAAUAUGAUGGUAGCACUUCGUUGUACAGCAAGACAAUACAUUGCUAAUAAGUCUUAAUUUUUUAAAUGUGUUUUACAGGUUAUCUGAGAUGGUGAAUUGAAGAACUAAGUUUUUUCCAAGAUGAACAAAGUAAAAACAACAUCAGAGAAAAGAAGCAGACACUGCCAGAUAUGUUACCUCAAAGAUCCUUCAUCUGGCUCAGAGUCAAGGAAAAAAUAAUCUCUUGGACUUUCAGAAAAAACCAGGAAGGAAAUGACUGCCAAAGGUUCCCCAGCAAUAGAAGUUAUCCUCUCAACAUUAGAGAAUACAAGAGAUCUUCAGACUACUCUAAAUAUAUUAAAUAUCCUCACUGAAUUGGUGUCAGUUGGUGGUGGUCGGAAAGCAAGUGUCUUAGUUUCUAAAGGAGGGACGCAGAUCUUGUUGCAGUUACUUUUGAGUGCCAGCAAAGACUCCCCACCCAAUGAGGAGUUAAUGGUGCAGCUUCAUUCCCUUCUUGCAAAAAUUGGUCCAAAAGAUAAAAAAUUUGGAGUAAAAGCUAGAAUCAGUGGCGCUCUAAACAUAUCUCUGAAUUUGGUGAAACAGAAUUUGCAGAACCACAGGUUAAUCCUGCCAUGUCUUCAAGUACUAAGAGUAUACUCAACCAACUCUGUAAAUGCAGUAUCCUUGGGGAAAAAUGGAGUUGUGGAACUGAUGUUCAAGAUCAUUGGCCCUUUUAGUAAAAAGAAUACUGGCCUUAUGAAGGUUGCUUUAGACACACUUGCUGCAUUGCUAAAAUCAAAAACGAAUGCCAGGAGAGCGGUAGACAGAGGAUAUGUCCAUGUGCUUUUAACAAGUUAUGUAGAUUGGCACCGUCAUGAUAAUCGACACAGACACAUGCUGAUCCGCAAAGGAAUUUUACAGUGUAUUAAAAGUGUUACAAAUAUCAAGUUGGGAAGGAAAGCGUUUAUUGAUGCCAAUGGGAUGAAAAUUCUUUACAACACUUCCCAAGAUUGCCUUGCUGUGAGAACUCUUGAUCCUCUAGUCAACACAUCAAGUCUUAUAAUGAGAAAAUGUUUUCCUAAAAACCGUCUUCCACUACCAACUAUUAAAAGUGUUUUUCAUUUCCAACUACCAGUUAUCCCUAUUAGUGGUCCUGUGGCUCAGCUGUACAGUUUGCCUCCUGAAGUGGAUGACGUAGUAGAUGAAAGUGAUGACAAUGACGACAUCGAAACAGAAAGUGAGAUUGAAAAUGAAAAUGAAGAUGACAAGGACCACCUCUUUAAGAACGACGAUAUAGAGACUGAUAUUAAUAAACUGAAACCAAGGCAAGAAUUGGGACGACCCGUAGAAGAACUAAAAAUGUAUGAACAAUUUUUCCCAGAACUUUCAGAUAACUUCAAGGACUAUGACUUAGUCUCCAAGGAACCAAAGCCUUUUGCAUCUGAUGCAAAUCUAGGUGGACCUAUUGUUGUUCCUACGGCAGGAGAGGAGCAGUCUGUAGAAGCAAAUCACUCAGUCAAGGGAAUUACUGUGAAAGAGAGCAAUCACUUGCAAGCAGAGGAGUGUAAUAGAAGGCCAGCCUUUUUGGAUCUGCCAAAGAAAGAUCGCAAGAAAGACAAUAGCUUACAGCAGCAAAGCGAUCAAAAGAAACUGCUUUCGUCAUGUCAGUGCCUAAGCUAUGAAAUAGUGAAAGGCUUGGACAGGAUCACUUUGCAGAAUACUUCAAAAAAUGAACAGUAUUACAAAACAGGGUGCGUAAUGAAGAAAGAAAGCAAAACUAGCCUUACCUCACUCACUUGUAAUAAACCUUGCCAGCAUGUUUCAUCUUGCGGAAGUGUUCUGUUUGAGGGACGAUCUGUCCAGCUGGGAAAGCUGUGCUUCACGGGUGUUGAUACCGAGGAAGAGGAUGAUUCCAGCUCGCAUUCGUCAGGGGAGCAAGUGAUGCUUGAGGUGCCUGAUAUAUUGCCACUCCAUGACCCUGAUCUUUAUAUUGAGAUUGUGAAAAACACAAAGUCUGUCCCUGAAUAUUCAGAAGUGGCUUACCCAGAUUACUUUGGUCACAUUCCACCUCCAUUUAAGGAGCCUAUCUUAGAAAGACCUUAUGGUGUGCAGAGGACAAAAAUAUCCCAAGAUAUUGAAAGACUGAUUCAUCAGAAUGAUAUUAUAGACAGAGUCAUGUAUGACCUUGAUAAUCCCAGUUAUUCAGUGCCAGAAGAGGGGGAGAUUUUGAAGUUCAACUCCAAAUUUGAGUCUGGAAAUCUGCGCAAAGUUAUUCAAAUUAGAAAAAACGAGUAUGAUCUCAUUCUGAACUCAGAUAUAAACAGCAAUCACUAUCACCAAUGGUUUUAUUUUGAAGUCAGUGGAAUGCGGCCAGGCAUUGGUUACCGGUUUAACAUCAUCAACUGUGAAAAGUCGAACAGUCAGUUUAAUUAUGGUAUGCAGCCCCUCAUGUAUUCUGUUCAGGAGGCAUUACAUUCCAGGCCAUGGUGGACUCGUGUUGGGACAGAUAUUUGUUACUAUAAGAAUCACUUUGCUAGAAGUUCAAUUGCUGCUGGUGGUCAGAAAGGAAAAUCCUAUUACACAAUUACAUUCACAGUGAACUUCCCACACAAGGAUGAUGUCUGCUACUUUGCUUACCACUAUCCAUAUACGUAUUCGACUUUAAGGAUGCAUCUUCAGAAAUUGGAAUCCAUGCACAACCCUCAGCAGAUCUAUUUUCGACAAGAUACUCUGUGUGAGACCCUGUCUGGGAACAGCUGCCCUUUAGUCACUAUCACAGCCAUGCCGGAGUCGAAUUACUAUGAACAUAUCUGUCAGUUCAGGAAUCGUCCUUACAUUUUCUUAUCUGCUCGUGUACAUCCUGGAGAGACUAAUGCAAGUUGGGUUAUGAAGGGAACAUUGGAAUAUCUUAUGAGUAAUAACCCCACUGCCCAGAGUUUACGAGAAUCCUAUAUUUUUAAAAUUGUCCCUAUGCUCAACCCAGAUGGUGUCAUCAAUGGGAACCAUCGCUGUUCUUUAAGUGGGGAGGACUUGAACAGACAGUGGCAAAACCCAAACCCAGACCUUCAUCCCACAAUUUACCAUGCCAAGGGCUUACUACAAUAUUUGGCUGUUAUAAAACGUUUGCCUCUGGUUUACUGUGAUUAUCAUGGUCAUUCUCGUAAAAAGAAUGUAUUCAUGUAUGGCUGCAGCAUCAAAGAGACAGUGUGGCACACUAAUGUUAGCGCUGCCUCUUGUGACCUGAUUGAGGACCUUGGUUAUAGGACUCUUCCUAAGAUUCUCAGUCACAUUGCCCCAACAUUCAGCAUGAGCAGCUGCAGUUUUGUAGUGGAAAAGUCCAAGGAAUCGACAGCACGUGUAGUUGUCUGGAGAGAGAUAGGAGUACAAAGGAGUUACACAAUGGAGAGCACGUUAUGCGGCUGUGAUCAGGGCAAAUAUAAGGGGUUACAGAUAGGGACACGAGAACUGGAAGAGAUGGGAGCCAAAUUCUGUGUUGCCUUACUGCGUUUGAAAAGACUGACCUCUCCACUGGAAUUCAAUCUGCCUUCUAGCCUCCUUGACAUUGAAAAUGAGUUGAUUGAAUCAAGCUGUAAAGUAACAAGCCCCACUACAUAUGUUCUGGAUGAAGAUGAGCCUCGCUUCCUUGAAGAAGUUGAUUACAGUGCAGAGAGUAAUGAUGAGCAAGACAUUGAAUUGGCUGAUAAUGCAGGUGAUUAUGAACCCUCUGUUCAGGAAGAGGGGCUUUCUGACUCAGAAAUGACAAGGACACACCUGCCUUGAGCCAUCUUCGUAGACGCAAAGAAGAAAAUGAAUAUCCUGGUUUUUAGUGGACAGGAAACAUGGAAGUAUCUGGCUUUCAAGAGGGUUGGCUCAAAGAGACAGAAGUAAUUGAAGCCAGUUUAGCUGAAAGACAAUAAAUGUGUUUCUGAUUUAUGAUAAUAUUGGCAUUUGUUUUAUUUAAGGAAUUCAGUGCCUUCAUUUGGCACUGACUAUAUCAAACAAUUGCUUUACUAUUUCAUUUUCUACCAAGUAUUGUUGCAUGGCUUUUUGUGUCCUUAACCCUCUAUAAUCUCCAACAAAUGGAUUAUAAAUUGUAGUGUGUCGGUUACAGAAAUUAAUAUUAAAAUUCCUUGUGGUACAUACCUUUGAGUUUCUUCCUGAAAAAUACAUAUGUACAGGUUUUUUAAUUAAUUUGUGUGUUUAUUGAGGCUGAGGUUUUUCUUCAGAAUUAUGUUAAAUGUUUGAUUGUUUGAAGUAAUGCAGAGCUUGCUUUGAAACAGUUUCAUUCUACAGUUACUAAAUUAAACAAAAAUGAAAAUUUGAUCAAUUGUUGCGCUUGUUUCUUGAUCCUUUUAAUACACUGAGGUGUUAUAGUUUUACAGCAGCCAUGAUUUAAAAUAUACAAUGAUCUAAAUUGCCUUUUUAAAAAAUAAAGUUAUUCUUGCAAGAGGGUUCGGUUAGUCCACUAGUCAGAAGCAUUUUAUGGUGGCUACUGCACCUGCACCUACUACGAAUUUUAUGUUUGCAUAAAACUCUUCCCUGAAACACAGCAUCUCAGGUGAAGAGAGAGUGUUCAUCUCCACAAUCAGUUAAUAUUUAGCUUUGGAAACAAGUUUACUCAGUGACAAGAAUUGGCUAAAUGUGUAUACUGUCUGUAUAUUUUGCUACCUAUUUGUUAACAACUUUUCUUAUUUAAUAUUCUUGUCAAAUUCUUGUAUUGUCAAAAUGAGUUCAGUUCAUUCUGGACAUGUUUUUUAAGGGGAAAGGUGGUAUCCAUUUUGGUUUAGAGCAGGGGUCGGCAACCUUUCAGAAG